GCCGCCACCUACACCACGGUGCCGCGCGUGGCCUUCUACGCCGGCCUCAAGAACCCACACGAGGGCUACGAGGUGCUCAAGUUCGACGACGUGGUCACCAACCUGGGCAACAGCUACGACGCGGCCAGCGGCAAGUUCACGUGCAGCAUCCCGGGCACCUACUUCUUCACCUACCACGUCCUGAUGCGCGGCGGCGACGGCACGAGCAUGUGGGCGGACCUGUGCAAGAACGGCCAGGUCCGGGCCAGUGCCAUCGCCCAGGACGCAGACCAGAACUACGACUAUGCCAGCAACAGCGUGAUCUUGCACCUGGACGCAGGCGACGAGGUCUUCAUCAAGCUGGACGGUGGCAAAGCCCACGGCGGCAACAGCAACAAGUACAGCACCUUCUCUGGCUUCAUCAUCUACUCUGACUGAGCCCUGCGCCAGCCCCAGCCCCAGAGGGAGCGGGAGGCUGACAGCCCGAGGGCACUGUCCCCACUGUCUCCGGCCAACCCACCUGCCAGCAGCCUCAGCCUGGGGCAGUGAGCUCCCUGUGCCCCAGCACCCCAAAGCCCUGGCCCAGCUGCGCCCCCUCCGACCAAAGCUGUAAUAAAAACUUGUCCACCCUGAGGUCCAGCCUGUGCCCUGGGGAGGGCAGCAGGGACACCGGACCUGCUGGCCCUCGAUGGCAGGGGAGCCCCGUGGGAAGCAGUCUGCCCCACCUCACCUCCUGUGGGGGGUGCACACUGCUUUGGCUGGCGCGGGCCGUCUCUACGGCGGAACACCUGGGUUCUUGUCCCUUCCUGUGACGCCGACCCUGGGGAGUCACCCCCUGGGACCUACCCUGGCUUAGUGACAGCAGAGGAAGGAGCAGGCUUUGCUUGAGGGCUGCUUGACCUCGGUCCACGCACAUCACCCCGGGCCUGUCUCCCCAUCAGUGAGAUGUAGGCUGAAGAGGUGUAACAGACACGCUCAAUAAACAUAGCUCUUAUUAUUUAUACACGUGCCAGCGUUCGCCGUAGUCGGUCGGGUGGAUUUCAGGCUUCAGGAUAUUAAGGGGCUGGCUUCAUGUGCUGUAGUUGCUGAGCUCUGUGGUUGCACUUGAAUCCAGGGCACGCAGUCUCCGUGCCCGCCGCUCCUCUGUCACGCAGCGAAGGUUUCCCAGGUGGCUGGGGAGUAGCGGGAGCAGCGAGCCCCCAGUGGAUCUUCUCCUGGGUGCUGUGCAGGGGCAGUGGGUCCAUGGGAAAUGCGCUUGUGCCCCAUGAUGUGGAUAUGGUUGUUUUGCCCAUUUGCUUUCUUUGUAUGCUCAUUUACUUGGAGAGGAAGGUCUUGCUAUGUUACCCAGGCUGGUCUCAAACUCCUGGGCUCUGGUGAUUCUCUCGAGCCAGCCUCCCCAUGCUGGGACACAGGCGCCGUGUCGUGCAGCAGCUCUGUGGGCUCAGAACACGUGUGGAGAGGUUAUGCAAGUUGCCAGGGCCACUGAGCUAGGAAAAGGCAGGUGCGGACAUCUGGCCAAAAGGCCAUGCUCUUCCCCGUGCGCUGAACGUCACAGUCAGUGUCGCCAGGACAGAACCAGGGCCACCGUUGCUCGCCUCACGUCUGGCCUUGCAGAAGCCCAAUGUGUUCAGGGGCAUCUCCCCCAGGAGACAGCCGUGGAGUGGCUCUGGGAGAACCCCACGGGAGGGAAGGUCCCGUCGGGCUCCCUGGCAUGGCUCAGCUGGAGGGACAGGAAGAGGGCCGGCCUCCCGCCUACCAGACCCCUUGUGUGGACCCUAGUCACGGCUGUCGGGCUUGAAUGACUUUCUUUAUCCACCCUUCUCUCCUCACUUCCCCCCACUGCCAGCUGUGGCCAUUUAAUAAAAUUAGCUUACUGCUUGUUC